CGCUCACGUGACGCAGCGGCUGCCGUCGGCGCGUGCGCAGUGGCGCCCGGCAUGGAGGGCUGCGGGGAGGGCGAGGCGCCGGCCGCGGCGCUGGCCGCCGUGCUCAAGCACAGCUCGGCGCUGCCGCCCGACAGCGCCCAGGUCCGCGGCUACGACUUCGACCGCGGCGUCGACUACCGCGCGCUGCUCCAGGCCUUCGGCACCACGGGCUUCCAGGCCACCAACUUCGGGCGCGCCGUGCAGCAGGUCAACGCCAUGAUUGAAAAGAAGUUAGAACCGCUGUCGCAAGACGAAGACCAGCACGCGGACCUGACCCGCAGCCGCCGCCCGCUCACCGGCUGCACCAUCUUCCUGGGCUACACGUCCAACCUCAUCAGCUCCGGCGUCCGGGAGACCAUCCGCUACCUCGUUCAGCAUAACAUGGUGGACGUGUUGGUGACCACGGCCGGGGGCGUGGAGGAAGACCUCAUCAAAUGCCUGGCACCCACUUACCUGGGCGAGUUCAGCCUCCGAGGGAAGGAGCUCCGGGAGAACGGGAUUAAUAGGAUCGGGAACCUGCUGGUGCCCAAUGACAACUACUGCAAGUUUGAAGACUGGCUGAUGCCCAUACUGGACCAGAUGGUGCUGGAGCAGAACACGGAGGGAGUCAAGUGGACGCCUUCCAAGAUGAUUGCCCGGCUCGGCAAGGAGAUCAACAGCCCGGAGUCCGUGUAUUACUGGGCCCAAAAGAACGGCAUCCCCGUGCUGAGCCCAGCGCUCACGGACGGCUCACUGGGAGACAUGAUCUUCUUCCAUUCCUACAAGAACCCGGGCCUGGUCCUGGACAUCGUGGAGGACCUGCGCCUCAUCAACACGCAGGCCAUCUUCGCCAAACGUACAGGCAUGAUCAUCCUGGGCGGGGGCCUGGUCAAGCACCACAUUGCCAACGCCAACCUGAUGCGCAACGGGGCCGACUACUCGGUCUACAUCAACACGGCCCAGGAGUUUGACGGCUCGGACUCAGGAGCCCGUCCUGAUGAGGCUGUGUCCUGGGGCAAGAUCCGGAUGGACGCCCAGCCUGUGAAGGUCUACGCCGACGCCUCCCUCGUCUUCCCCCUGCUCGUGGCCGAGACCUUCGCCCAGAAGGCCAGCGCCUUCGUGUCGGAGAAGAACGGGGACUGAGUGUACGCGGUCCACA